AUGAUUGGAUGGACCAAUGUGCGAAAAAUGGCGGCCUCCAUGAAGAGCAAGUUUUGUGAUCGCCUUGAAGUCCAAGAUAGAUUCCGUAUCAACUUAGAGUCUAUCAUUAAUAAAUAUGACAAACCCUUUGAAGAUUCUCCCAUUCUUGAUCUGGAUAAGAUGUCUUCUGAUUCAGAUUUUCUAAAGAGCUGCAGUCCAUUCACACCAUUUGGUCAUACACCAUUAGCAACAGAUUUACAGAAAGGGAAGAGGAGGAAAGGAGGAGUUAGCGGUGACAGCGCUCUAGGAUCUACUCUCUCUCCUUCUAAGAGCAAUGAAUCAUCAGAUGAAGAAUUAGCAGGGAAUAUAUAUCUGGAAAAUUAUGAUUUCACACAUGAGAAUUCUGACCACCUUGGGGCUUUCAUUAGAUAUCGACACCACUCCAUGUUAAACAAGCCUGAGAUUGCUGGUCUAAAAAGAGCUGGAAGAGAGUAUGGUGAUAGCCAAGACUCUGAUGAUGAUCUUGGAUCUGUGUGUAGUGGACCUACAGUGGCUCCCUUUACAGAAGAGAAUUGCCAAGAGAUGAUACUAAGCAACCAUGCUGACAUGAUUGACGAGGACAGAAUAGAGACCGUUAGUGAUGGUGGUCUCAAGGAACAAUCCCCUAAAGACAAAGUGAAAAGUUGGCUGAGUGACGAUGCAUUCAUGAAUACUAGUCAUCAGAGUAAUAUAGAUGAUGCCUCGGAUGUAUCUUUCUCAGAACUGGAGGAAUCUAGCCAGGAGUCUGAGCUUCAGUCGACCCUGAGUGAUGAUGAAACAUCACAGGAUGACAAAGGGAAAUCUUUGUUGGAGAUUAAAGAGAGGUUUGUCAGAAAAGUUCAGUCAAUGUUGGUCGAAGGAAAUAAUGAGAGCGAAGAUAUUUCAUCAUCAGCUGAUGAGAAUGUAGUCUUUGUUCAGGGAGUGGCUGUUGGAAGAACUGAAAAACAGAACCAUGCUGCAUCCAGGAAAGUCCAUGUGAAUGGUGAUGAGAGGGGCAGAUCUGAUUUGAGAGAUCAAUGUAAAGCAGAUGGAAGUACUUCAAGGAGAUUAUUCAAAGCACCUUUAUCAUCAACAAUUUGCCAUGAGGAUUCUUCUCUCGGAGGAAACCUUGAUUUCUCUACAGCGAAGCCUGUAACACUGAGAGAUGAGACAACGAUAAUAGCUGGUCACAUUGAUGAUGGUAUUAUGAGUUUAUCCAGAUGUGAAGAUGAAGACAGAGUUGGACCUGAUGAAUCAAAGUUUGGAAGGUGUUUUGAGUUGUUGCAUUCACCAGCUGGAAAAAUGGAGUGGACACCACAUCAAAGAAACAGUUCUACAAAGAAAAGCUUACCAUUUAGUUUUCAACAAUUAAAGGACAAAGGAGAUUUUAUUAGAGGCAGUCAAUCAUCUUGUGUGACACCAAAGAAAACAAUGGCUUUAGGUAACCUUCCUAUCAAGACGAAUAGCCCCAGGGCAACGUCAGAGAGUGCUGAAGUGUCACAGGAUGUUAUGAGUGAAAUUAUGGACUUUUUCAAGUCUCCUUUGCCAAAGCUGUUGACAAGUCCAAUGCCGAUUCUGUCACCAAAGGGCAGACUUCGGACUGUGCAUGGUAAACCAGUGACAAGAAAUGCAUUUCCAAAGUCAAAUGGUGCUGGAAGGACUACCACAUCAGCAAUGGCAGGAGACAAGAGUGCAUCAAUAAGAUCAAGUGGCAUUAGAUCUUUUGAGUCUACAGAUUUUGUGUCCAAAAAGAGAAGUGCUUCUCAAAACCUUUCUUCAAAUUGUAACGUUGUGACUGAGAAAAGGACUAAAAUAAACCUAAGUUCAAGCAGAAGUCCAACAGAUGACACCUUGUAUACAAGCGAACAACCUCAUGGUGUUCAGGAAACAGAUGCAGGGCUACAUUCAGAUGAACAAUCGUUCAAUUCAGAUGAACAAUCGUUCAAUACAGAUGAAGAGGAAGAUAUUCUCCUUUUGACAGCUAGCAGCAAUGAAGAGUCAAUGACAUCACCGAAGCAAUCAGUGACAAAGGCAGUUGAUUUUUCACAGAAUCAAAAGACUCCAACUCAAUUGAGCAAUGCUACUCACGCUUAUGAUAGAGUUUCAAAGACACCUGGUAUCAGCUCACCUUUUAGUUAUAUGAGUGUCAAUUCUGCAGAAAAAUAUCAACCAAACCUAAGACAUUCUAGAGAGAAAGGCGUUCAGGAUAAACUGUCACAUCCCCCUAAGACUCUGGUAUUUAGUGAAAGUAAAUCUACAGAUGGUUUAGGUAGAAAUCCAGGUACAGAAUUACUGGUUCUCUCUAGCGAUGAUGAUGAGGAGGAUGACUGUGAUAAUGGAAUGCAUUCCAAAAUAGAACAGAGAGCUGGUAAACCAAAAAUGGGUAAUCUAGUGAGCUGCAAGAAACCUCCACAGAACAUAUACACCAAGUCUGCUUCCCAAGUAGAUGCCAUGGAGAAUCACACUGAUGCUAAAGACGGAAUAGAAUCCAAACGUGUUGGAAAUCAUGCCUUCGAUUCGGUCGAGGAGUUAUCCUUUAAUACAGGAAAGGUGACCAACAUUCCUGCAUGCAAGAAGAUCAAUCAGUUUGAAGAGACAUACAUUGUAAGAGACGGUGAGAAAAAGUCUUCCAUACCUCAUAAAAAAUCUCCAAGGAACAAGAUUGAUAGAGACAGACAGUGGUUGGAAGAAAAGGCUCAGAGAUCAAGAUCUCCGGGAGAGUUCAAGCUACCUGAAAGAAGGAAAGAAGGGACCAAAUCCAAUGAACUAGAAGAUAAGAAUUCAAGAAGUCAUAGAGUAAAGGACGGUAACAGUUGUUCAACCAGGAUGGACUCUACCAAGAAAAUACACAGAACUCAUUCUGCUAUACCUAUGAAGAUAAAAGAUUCUUCUCAUAGACACGAGGAAGAUUCUACAGACUUUCAAAAAUAUAGAAUGCAAAAUGGUGUCACACCUUUGGCCAAAGAUAGACAAUUCAACAGUCAUGUGGCUAAGGGGAAGCAUCAACGUCAUCACUCAGACAUUUCAACAGAGAGAAGUGAUGCCACAUUCACAAUUAAUUUUGGAUGGAAAAAGGUUAUCCCAACUACAAGUAGAAAGGAAAUUUCUCACAGAUCUCAAUCUCAAGUUACAAGAGAUAUCCCAAGUGCUCUAACAGAGGAAAGCGGAACCUGUAGGACACCUAAGACUAAAUACAGUUCAGUAUCAAAGAACAGCAUUGUGACCAGUACUAAAUUGGAAGAUAACUACAGAUCAAAAUCUAAACCUACUUGGGUAAACAACAAUUCAAGCCACAUUGAUGUUCAAUCAAUAUCGUCAAGGCCUCCAAAACUGCAGGAUAGGGAUUCAUGUAGCAGGAAAGCCACUAAAUACCUUGCCAGAGAUGUGUCUUUCCUAUCAUCCACCAGGAUAGAUGAGGAUGAAGCAGGAAAAAAGGAUUUCAGAUGGAGUAGGAAGAAUCAUGAAGAGAAUCUAUUGAAGAGGGUACCUCAGACUCAGAAAGAAAUCAUCCAGGAUAAAUCCCUUGAGACAAAGACAGUGACUCCAUCAAAGCGUAGAAGACCAACCUCAGAUAGAACUAAUAGCCAGGAAUCACCUGCAAAGAAACAGGUCAGUGCAAGGAUAUCUCCACGAAGAGAAAGAAUAUCUUCUGAUAGAAUUAAUCAACAGGAUUCGCCCACAAAUAGACAAGUCAGUACAAUGAUAUCUCCACGAAUAGAAAGAAUAUCUUCUGAUAGCACUUAUCGACAGGAUUCACCCACAAAUAGACGAGUCAGUACAAGGAUAUCUCAAAGAGAAAGAACAUCUCUGGACAGAACUCAUAGAAGAAGAAGAAUAGCAGAUAGAAGUGAUGACAGAGACCAGAGUGAUGAUAGUGUAUCUUCUAUGUGUGAAGGGCCUGAUAUGUGUACCAAGAAGAUAUGCUUCAAAUGUGCAAUGAAGGAAUGAGGGUGAUUGUAUAUUCAGAGGCUGCUGAUGUAUUUUAACCAUCAUGUUUUUAAUGUGACCUCGGACAUUAUCAUAAUAAAGUGGAGCUUCUUUACAGGCAUUAGAUGCAUGAAAAAAAAGAAAUUCAAUGAUAAAUGUCUAGGAACUUAAAUUCACAGAUUUGUCAUCUUGGGACCAACGUGAUUAAAUAUCCCUUAAAAUAAUCACAUGUGCUAUGAUUCUAAUGAUAUAUCUUCAAGAAUGUUCAAGUGAGCAUUUUAUGAUACAAUGAUUUUCACUAUUUGUUAAAAGUUGCUGAAGUCCAUGUCUUUUUUUGAUACAUAGCAAAUUUGUCAAUUAAAAAUCACAGACAUGAUGAUUGAUAAAACACUCUCUUGUAAUAUAAUGCAGAACCGUACAAGGUGGAACCAUGGAGCCAUGGUGGAAGGGAUUUUCUAUGUAUAUUGAAAAUAUGUUAUCAUCAAAAUGGACUGCAAAUAAGAGACAAAUUCAAGCUUAAAAGGACAUUGUGAAAUUAUUAAAGAAAGGAGGAUUCCCCAUACAAAAUGGUUUGUAAGACUUUGAGAGAGAGAGAGAGAGAGAGAGUAAAGAAGUUUGUUAUGGCUACCUGUCCCCCUCCUUAUUUGAAGCAAUUAUUCAGGCUUUGCAAUGAUGGAAAUUUUGGAAUACACUACAUGUUCCAUGAAAUAAAGUCCACCCAUAACAAAAAGUGGAUUUGAAUGAAUAGAGAAAAGCAAACAAGCAAUUCACUGAAAAUUGAAUUGAUAUUGGAUGUAAAAUAAGAUCAGGGAUGCCAGUUUUCAGGCAAAAGCCUGAAUUCAGGCACUGGCAAUUUAUUUUCAGGCCAUAGUUUAGCAUUUUUGUGUACAAAAUAUUGUAUUCUAAGUGAUUUUUCAGGCCCUCUGAUCAAUUCCAAUUGGCACCCCUAUAAGAUAUGAUAUUUUAAAGUGUCACAUAUUUUCACAAAAUAGUUAUAUGCUUAGCACGGGUGAUAUGUAAAUGAGAGAGAGUCGAUGAUGUCCCUCAUCUAUAUGAAAUAUGGAAUACCUCAAUUUAUGUCGAUUUGACAUCAAAUAAUCACAAGCAGUUGCAACAAUAGAAAUCCCUUAUAUCCAAUGAGGAAUCAAACCUCGUUUCACAUUUCUUAUUUUUCUCCUUCAAUCCAAAUCUACCUUUAGAUGGGAAUUGCUUUCCUUUUAAUGAACAAUGUAGUGUAUGAGAGUGAUGUGAUAUGUAAUUGAGAAUAUGCUAUCCUUUGGAAACUGUACUUUUAGGGAAGUGUCCUGAAUUGAAGUUUUGACUCUGCAGUAUUUGAAGUCUUUUUUUAUUAUUAUUAUGGGUAAUAAAAUUACAAAUUACAAUGAAAUGAAAUGUCUAAUAUUUUCCACUGUAGAGAAUAUAAGUGAUUCUAUUCAUUAGAAGAUGGGUUGUAUCAUGUAAAUUGCCAACUGGCUUAUCCCUCAUGGUCUAAUAAUCCUAGUUCAUCUACAGCUAGUAAGUCUACUUAAUUCAUUUGGUCUAAUUGCUAUUUAGCCUAUAUACUACUUUGACUGAUUUCCAGUUAAAGGCGCUAUGCGUCUUUUCAUAGCGGCUUUCUAACAUUCCUUAUUAUAGUCAUUAUUGAUGAAAUGUGAAAACUGCAUUUGGGAUUCCUGUGGGAAAUAUGCAGUUCUGAAUUUUGACAAGGUGCCAUACGCUUACAAUGGAUACAUUUUCUGUACAACUGUUAAAUGAAAUUUUGUAAAAUUAAUUGUAAAUGUGAUUAAUGUUAAAUGUGUGUGAUAAACCCAGCAAGGAAUGUUUGAAUACUGUCAAUCUUAAAGUAUGCUGCAUUGACAUUGAAUCUAUCCAAAGUGUCAUGUCUUUACCAUUGUCAAUUCAUUAUUUAAUGGAGAGUGGUUUAACAUCUGAUCCUGGCCACCUUUUCCGUUUGUUGGAGUUGAUGGAAGGACAUCCCUAUUACUCAUUGAUACAGACACAUCGAUUUUAACACUACAUAGUUGCACAAUUAACAAUGCAUCCACUCCAAUCACCAACAAUAAUUUACCUCCACCAACUCUGACAAGCUGAUAAAGCUUCAUGAAAGGACUUUUCAGACAUUUUAUCUGACAAGUAUUGUUUUAUCAGAGUUACCAUAGUAACAGUGCUACUCAUCCAAUCAAAAUCAAGGAAAGGUGUCAGAUCUGACAACUUGUCAGGUGACAAAUUUUAAUGAAACAUUCCUCAGGUUUGAAAGUGAAUCCAUUCUCUGUUAAAGACCGGUAGAAAUAUUUGACAAGAUUAGAUAAUAGAUAUACUUUGUUGUAAAUGUAAUUGACCUUUUAUGUGGAACUAUCAGUGUAGGAGAAAGAAAUUACAGUACUAUACAUAAAUGUAUUGCCAGCAAAGCUACCUUAUUAGAACAUAUUUUAUGUAGUCUAAUCAUUCACCACAGGGACUUCAAAUAAUUUUGUUGACGUAAUAGGAAAGGUAAUU